UUUUUUUUUUUUUUACUUUGAAUAGUGUACUACAGUAGUAAUUUCUGUGAAAAAUUAUUUGGAUUUUUGCUUUUUAAUUCAGUUGGGUUGUUUGAUUCUUCAAAGUCAAGUGGAAAAGGAAAAAAAAAAAAAAAACCCAUUUCCUGUUUCAUUUUUCAUUUUACUAUUCCCUUCCCUCAGUUCGAAUUCAGGUUCAAAACUACUUUGUAUUCCACCGCUUACUAAACUCUGACUAAUCUAAAUUCGAGUCGAAAGUAUUGUCAAAGGGAGAAAUCCCAUUCCCAUUCCUUUUUUCAUUUUACUAUUUAUAAAAUACUUGUUUUUAAUUAGGGCAAUAAGCCGCUAAGAUACCUAAUAAUCCGAAACUUAUUAGAUUCUGACUAAUCCGACCUAGAGUUGAGGCCCUUAGGGUAUUGUAAUAUUGUCAAAAGGGGAACUAUUGCACAAGUGGCACUUUCCUUUAGAAUUAUUAAAAAUUUAUAAUUGUAGCACUGUUGGAGGGAAAAGAAGCAACCAAUGAUUUCUUGUUUUGGGUAGUCCUUAGGAAACACAUUUGGGAAGGGCUAUAAUAAUUUUUCUAUCCAAUAUAAAAAGGAACUCUCAACACUCAUUUCAAAUCCUUCACUUCAUUUUCUGAGGUUUUUUUAGAUUUGGUUGUAAAAUCAAUCAAGUCUUACUUACAUUUGGGUCAUUUGGUGGCUUGAAUAUUCUUGAUCCUCUUCAUUGUUUUGUUUACUUUUGGCAUAGUUUUUGAGUGGCAAAAGUUGAGAUGUUUUUUAAUUGCUCUUAAGAAGAACUAUAAAGAAAGCUAGACAGUUACAAUGGCUGCGUUGCCUGCUAAUGGUGAUGUUUCCCAAGUUCCAUUCUUCAGGGCUCGUAUAAAGCCGCAAUUGUACUAUCAUGAUAGUGUAUGAAAUGGUCUUAUUUUCAGGUAAAUUAAUGAAAUUUGCAAGUCUAUAAUCUCUGAAGAUGAUUUAUGAUUGACCUGAGCUGAUACCGGCACACAGGUUUACCAAACAUGGGUGGUGAACCAUGACGCUGUCUAUCUGGUGACGUGAAUGCCUAAUUUGUUUGUUGCAAUAAUCUGAAAGAUUUACUGGUUGAAGAUCAUGGAGAGUGAACCACAUAUGCAGUUAGAUCUUCCCAGCUGUAUACCUUCAGUCAUUGAUGGAAUGCCUCAAUCAUUGUCAGAGUCGCAUUUUCGAACUGCUUUCUUUCAACUGCACACCCAGAAUGAUGGCAUGCUUGGACUUCCAUCUUUGCAAGGGCAAUCCUUUAAAGAUAUGCAUGCUGAUAAAACUGUCAGCUAUGAUGGAUUAAUAAACCGAGGUAACUUCAAUUAUGAAGAUCGUUGCUUGGGAGACGCCUCGUUUACUUCUGGUUCAUUACCCAACAUUAUAGCCACCAGAAAUGGACUCAACAAUGACGUGAACAAUUCAAUAAUUUCUCUUGAACAAGAGGUUUCAUAUGAAUCUCUAAGAGCAAUGUUCUCAGGUGGCUGCUCCUAUGCCUCAAGUUCCUCCAUCCCGAAUAACAGUGGCUAUGAUGGUUUGUUUGGUGAUGUAAAUGACAAAUGGGACCAUAACAGAUUUCUGAUGCAGCAAGAAAUGCACUGGAGACCAUCAACUUCUGAACUGGAACCGAUACGAUUCAAUGGAAGUCUAGUUGCCAAUAAUGAGUGGGUAAUGCCAAGCUCCACACAUGUUUGCACAAGUCAUCCUUAUGGAACCUCUAGAUCUCAUAAUGAGCUCUCUCUGAGUCUUGCUACUUGUGGGCCGUCUCUUCCCUCGGACUUGAGUUGCUCUGAUGCUAUUAACAGUUCUCAGUCUCAAACUAGGUUAGGUUCUGAAUGCAAAUCUCAUCGCAGCAAGGAGCUCUCCCUUGGAAGCACUUCUAAAAAUAGGCCUGUCCAGUUCCCACCAGUAACAUCUGGCUCGAGAUAUGUUUCUGUGCUGCAGCAAAUUCUUUCAGAAGUCUCAAGUUAUUCACUUGACAAUUUAGACAAGACCAGUUAUAAAGGCGAUAAAAGUUUAGUGAACUCUAGUUCAAAUCAUCCUUUCUCUUCAAACAACUUCAUUGAUCCGGGGGCUUCAUUCAAGAAUACCAACGAGUUUCAUGACAAUGCUGGAUUAUUUGAAGUUCCAGCCGGAAGUUCAAAGAGGUCACAGAUGUUAGCUCUGCUACAAAUGGUGGAUGAUCGGUAUAACCGCUGCUUAGAUGAGAUACACAUGGUAAUAUCUGCAUUCCAUGCUGCAACUGAACUGGACCCUCAAUUACAUUCUUGUUUUGCCCUUCAAACAAUCUCAUUCUUCUACAAAAAUCUGAGAGAGAGAAUUAGCAAUCAAAUUCUAGCAAUGGGAAUGGAAAAUGGAAGUGCACGAGAAAGUGGGAUAACCAUUGACAAAUCUUUCAUUCAUAAGCAGUGGGCGAUCCAGCAAUUGAAGAGAAAAGAUCAACUGUGGAGACCUCAGAGAGGCUUGCCAGAGAGAUCUGUUUCAGUAUUACGGGCCUGGAUGUUUGACAACUUUUUACACCCGUAUCCUAAAGAUGCAGAGAAGCACUUGCUUGCUAUCAAAAGUGGAUUAACAAGAAGCCAGGUUUCGAAUUGGUUCAUCAAUGCCCGUGUUCGUCUCUGGAAGCCUCUUGUUGAAGAUAUGUGUGCAGAAAUAAAAAAGAAAAAGGCAAGUCAACAAAACGAUGAAGGAACCAGCAAUAGUAGUAACAAUAGCAGAAGCCAAUUAAGGAUCUACGACUACGAUCAGAGAUUCAGCAAUUAAAAAAGGCAGUGCAGUUACUGGUAGGCUUAGCUACUUGGUAAGGUGAAUAUGAAUAUAAAUUACAUAUGUUUAUAUAGUAAGUAUAUAGUAUUAGCUAUUGCGUAGAAGAUUAAUGCAAUUGUACAUAAAUGCUUAUUUGAGGACUUCACUACUUCCUGGGUUGCUACAAUUUUGCCAGCUUUCUUUGGCUGUGGGUUGUCUUGAUUAGCAUUUGGGUUAGAAUCUGAGAAUCACAUUUUGGUAAUUUUGUAAUGGAAUUUUAAAUUACGUGGUGGUUAUAAAAAUCUUUCGAAUUUGAUGA